CAGAUAUAAUUCCUAUGGUUGGGAACAGGCUUGGUGGAAGAGAGGACAAACUCCCCGCUUCAAUGGACACCAAGAUCAAACAGAGCCGAGAAAAGAGCCACGGAGGAGAUAAAGGCCCUUUAUUGAAGGCCAAGGUCAAGCAUAGAGUUCACAAAAAUGACAAUGUGAUGCACCCUGGGCAUCCAAGCAGACUAGGCCAGGGUGCUGGUGCUGCUUCUGGUGCUGUUGGUGCUGUUGCUGGUGGUAGCGGAGGCGGAGCGCGCGGAGGUGGUUCAGUGGUUUGUACGUCCAUCGCCGACUGCGGGCCGGGUGCGGAGUGUGUUGCCCUGCCAGACAAAUCCGGAAUGCGAUGUUAUUGUGUCAACGACCUCAAUGAACCCGACCCCGAAACCGGAUCAUGUGCUCCAGGCAUCACUGAAAAGCCGCGGGUGGGUGACCCUGAGCACGGAGUGGUGUACAACCCCAGCUUACAGGACAUCCUCAAACACUCAGAGACGAAUGAGACUUCCUCCAUGUUGCGUCAGCCCGCCCACUCUGAUGACGUGGCCACGCCCAUUACCCACAUUGUGGCACCUGUGAUUGGCUCCGUUCUCGUGUGUGUCAUCCUCGUCGUUGUCGCUGUCCUUUGCCGUCGGCGACAAGUGAGGAAAAAACUCUGCUCCAAGCGGAACGGCGAUAACAUUGUCAGAAACACUGACGGCGCCCUGUUACUAGAGAGGAUGAACAACAUCAACAAGAACCCGACUUACUUCAGUCCUUCCGGGGCUUCUGCCCGACGGCACGCCGUGCAGGAAGUGCCCGCAGACUGCCUCACUCUCAUCGAGGUGGUGGGCGAGGGGGCGUUUGGACAGGUGUUCAGAGGAGAACUGCGCAGCGCAGAGGGCGGGGCUUGUCAUCAAGUAGCUGUCAAAGUACUCAAGGACGGGGCGUCGCCGGACGCCCAUGAAGACUUCGAGAGGGAGGUUGAGAUCAUGUCAGCCUUUGACCAUGACAACAUUCUCAAGCUGCUGGGAAUUGUGGUGCAAGGUGAGUACAAACACAGACACAGGAUAGAGUCAAAAACUAUCGGCGGGUCUCGAAUGCUUCCAAUCCGCUGGAUGUCACCGGAAGCCAUCAAGUAUGGCCGCUUCACAUGUGAGAGUGAUGUGUGGGCCUAUGGAGUUGUCUUAUGGGAGAUUUUCAGUUACGGCAGACAACCAUAUUUUGGACAUUCGAAUGAGGAGGUUAUUCACUUUCUAGAUCAAGGAAUUCUCCUCCAGCGACCGGAAGACUGCCCCUCCACCGUCUAUCACGUGAUGCUUGGUUGCUGGAAGGGUGACCCCAGGCAGAGAAUCGUCUUUGACCGUCUCCUCAAGUACCUGACAGACUACCGAGACCGGCUGAACAAACCGACACAUUGUCAACAGAUGCCAAUGUCAAGGCCUGUUGCUGACUGCGCCCAGCUAGGAGACUCUCCCUCUGUCUCGCCGCGGACAGACGCCACUUGCAAAGGGGAAAUAACUCGCGUCUCUAUUGCCGACGUCAGUUGUGAGGCUGGCGAUGACGUGACAUUUGUGGUGGACAUGAACGGAGUAGAGAAAAAAUUGACGUCGUGUCGUGAACAGAAACAUUGUGGCGCUCCAAACUCAGAGUGGAACUCGGGGACCCUGAACGAGCCUCGUUCCAAGUCAGCUGCAGCUAAAAGCUGCGCCGGAAGUUCGCUAGUUGCCACACCUCCUAUGAAGGAGCACAAGUUCCCUGGAAGUAGCAAAGGAUCAAGUGGCAGAUCUCGAGUCCCUCUAGAACCUACCGUUCUCUCUCGACAAGGAUCUCACGGCAGGAUCGAGGCGAAUCGCAACAUGAUUCCCUCUCCUGAGGCAAUGACCUUUCACCUCCGCCGCUCCAGCAGCGCGUGCUCCCUGAAGCAUCUCACAGACUCUGCCCUCAACGAACCUCGUGUGUCGUGUUCGUUCAGCUGGUCGAACAUCAACCGUAGCAGAGACAUUGCUUCGAGCAUGAUCGGUUCAUCUUCUCCCAGCUCACACGAAGGGAACAAACCCGCCACUUUCAGAAUUCUCAAAGCAUCCACAAAAUGCACCGGGCGUUCAGGACGAGGGAGAAAAGUCAAAGGUUCCCCCUCGCGAUUUGCUGAUCGUCUUCCUUCCUUCAGUCGCCUUGACGACGCUAUAGGAGCAGGGUUACCCACACCCGUGAGAGAAUCAGCGCCUCUGAACGAGUACUCGAUACCAAAGUCGAGUCAUUCAUUGCUGUAGAGGAUCAGUUAACUGCACACACACACAUAAACACACACAUAGACA